GGCUCGGCUGUGAGUGCGCAGGUGCUGCGGGGGGGCCUCUUGGUGGUGUUGUGUUUCCCUCUGAGUCAGGAGCAAAUCCAAGCCCCUUAAUCAGGUGACUGGGAAGAGCUGCCACCAUGUUCUUCUCUCAAGGUGGCUGUGCUUCAGCCAAAGUACUGUUCAAUCCAAACUACCGGGCUGCCUAACUUGAAACCACUCAACUAUCAUUCCCGCGCUUGGCUGUUUUCACAUGUCUCAGAGUUGAAGUUCACUUGCAAUUUACUAUCAAGAGAAUCUGGAGCCUUUCAGUGUUAUGAUGUACCCAGCUGGUCCUGGAUCUGGUGACUCCCCAGAGGGCUUCUCUGAGCAACCAAGGGUCCAGCCACAAAUUGGAAAUUGCACAGCUCAGACACUAGAUGCUUUCUUCACAUGUCGAAAAAAUGCCCUCCUGGCGAAGAGCUCGUCCACCCAGGUAGAGGGCGACUUUGCCAUGGCCCCUCGGGCGCCCGACCAGGAGGAGUGUGAGGGCCUGCUGCAGCAGUGGCGAGAAGAAGGGUCGAGCCAGGUGCUCUUGACUUCGAGUGAGGGUCCCCUUGUAGAUAAGGGACUAGCCCAGAGCAGCCUGGCACUACUGAUGGAUAAUCCUGGAGAACAGGAUGCUGCAUCAGAGGACAAGUGGUCCAGCAGGCAGCUGAGUGACCUGCGGGCAGCAGAGAACCUAGAGGAGCCUUUCCCUGAGGUGCUAGGAGAGGAGCCACUGCCGGAGAUCGAGGGCCCAAUGUGGGCCGCUGUCCCCAUGCAGACCGGCCCCCAGUUUGCAGACUGUGCUGUCCUCCCAGUGGGUGCCCUGGCUGCAGAGCAGUGGGAAGAGGACCCUGCAGUGGUGGCCUGGAGCAUAGCACCUGAGCCUGUGCCCCUGGAAGAGGCUCCCAUCUGGACGUUUGGGGACCUGGGGCAGUUGCAGCCUCCCCCAGUGGAAAUCCCAUAUCAUGAAAUCCUGUGGCGAGAAUGGGAGGAUUUCUCUACUCAGCCAGAUGCUCAGGGUCUGGAGGCGGGGGAUGGCCCUCAGUUCCAGUUCACUCUAAUGUCCUAUAACAUCCUGGCCCAGGACCUGAUGCAGCAGAGCUCGGAGCUCUACCUGCAUUGCCACCCGGACAUCCUCAGUUGGAACUACCGCUUUGCGAAUCUCAUGCAGGAAUUCCAGCACUGGGACCCCGAUAUCCUGUGUCUCCAGGAGGUCCAGGAAGAUCAUUACUGGGAGCAGCUGGAGCCUUCGCUGCGAAUGAUGGGUUUUACCUGUUUCUACAAGAGGAGGACCGGAUGUAAGACCGAUGGCUGUGCUGUCUGCUACAAGCCCACGAGAUUCCGUCUGCUCUGUGCCAGCCCUGUGGAGUACUUGCGGCCUGGCUUGGAGCUCCUCAAUCGGGACAACGUGGGCUUAGUAUUGCUGUUGCAGCCACUGGUCCCAGAAGGCCUGGGGCAAGUCUCGGUGGCCCCUCUCUGUGUGGCAAAUACCCAUGUCUUGUACAACCCACGCCGGGGUGAUGUCAAGCUGGCCCAGAUGGCCAUUCUCUUGGCUGAAGUGGACAAAGUGGCCAGGUUGUCAGAUGGCAGCCAUUGCCCCAUCAUCUUGUGUGGGGACCUGAAUUCUGUUCCUGACUCACCUCUCUACAACUUCAUCAGGGAUGGAGAGCUCCAGUACCAUGGGAUGCCGGCCUGGAAGGUAUCUGGACAGGAAGACUUCUCCCAUCAGCUUUACCAGAGGAAGCUACAAGCCCCACUGUGGCCCAGCUCCCUGGGUAUCACUGAUUGCUGUCAGUAUAUCACUUCCUGUCACCCCAAGAGAUCAGAGAGACUCAAGUAUGGCCGAGACUUCCUGCUGCGAUUCCGUUUCUGUGACGUCGCCUGUCAGCGGCCGGCGGGACUGGUUCUUAUGGAAGGAGUGACAGACAGUAAGCCAGAGCGACCUGCUGGCUGGGCUGAGCCUGUCCUUGAGGAAGACACCGUGGAGCCCGAGCCUGUCUUGCCCAGGACCAUAGGUACCAUCCAGCACUGCCUUCACCUGACCUCGGUAUAUACUCAUUUCCUGCCCCAGCAUGGCCGCCCAGAGGUCACCACAAUGCCCUUGGGUUUUGGAAUGACAGUGGAUUACAUCUUCUUCUCAGCUGAGUCCUGCGACAAUGGGAACAGAGCUGAUCGCAGGCUCUAUCAAGAUGGGACUCUCAAACUUCUGGGCCGUCUCUCCCUCCUCUCUGAAGAGAUCCUCUGGGCUGCCAACGGCUUACCCAACCCCUUCUGCUCUUCCGACCACCUCUGCCUGCUGGCCAGCUUCGGGAUGAAAGUGACCUCCCCAUGACGGGGCUCCAAGGGGAAGAGAGCUUCUCUUCCAGAAGAGCUCACUUGAAUCAGAGACUGCGGAAGUACCCCACGCUUUUGGAAACUUAGAUCCAAGAAAUCUCUGUCCCCUCCCCAGCCCGCACCCAUUCCCUUUUUCCUGCGGUUAGAUUUUCUCCAGGCCUGUCCAUGUUCUCUGCCUGUGGACCCACCCCAGCCUCUUCCUAAUCCUGCGCUACGUCCUCAGUGGCCGUGGGAGAGGCUGAAGGGGAGAUCCUCCUUCCUUCCAUGUAUCCUGUGCUCCCCUUGAUUUUUAAUUAUCAGGGUUACGGGAGCUAUUGAUCUCAUUGGUUAUUUGCUUUCAGGCCAUUUCUUGAUGGUAUCUUCGAACCCAGUCUCCUUCCUGCCUCCCUGACCUCUGCUGCCCAGCCCUCUUGCCAGGCCCAUAUACACCUGAGAAGUGUGUCGUGUGCACGUGUCCCCUCGGGGCCUGACUGCCUGCCUCUGAUCUGCCCACUUUCCACACUGGGGCUGUCGGCCUAGGGGCAGGCCGAGAACACGGCCUGGCUGCUGUGGGUUGCCAGGCAGCAGCAGGGGCAUGGGCCCUUCUCUUUGUCCUCUGUGUCUCAUUAGGCAUUCGUCAUGCCAAGCAGGGCAUACUCAUCAUCUGGGCUCUGGGAAAGACAGCCUGGAGCAGCAAAGUUAGGGAUGUGCUGCCUGCCCCAGUGCCUCCGAGCCUCCGACCCAGAGCCCCCCACAGGCCUGGUGAGCUUUCUCUAGGACUCGUCCCUUUCCCCAGGCUGCUGUGAGAAAGGCAAAAGUUUGAACCCCUGUAUGGGGCCAGUGGGCUGGAAUAGUUGUUUGAGGUUUAAAAGGAUGAGAAAGAACCUUCCAAGAAAUUCUGGCCUUGCUGGACUCUGCUUCCUGCAGAACUGGGGCAAGGGUGGGAGUCCUGGUAAGAGCAAGAGCAGGGACCCAAGACCUCAGGGACUUGUUCUCUUCCUCUCCAUACCUCAGAAGCAGUUUUCUUCUUCCUUUCCUGUCACCUCUUUAAACUCCUUGCCUCACCCAUUCCUUUCCAUUUUGUUCUAGCUCAGGCCAAACCCUCUCUGCAGAAGGUGGCCUUGGGCAAAGUCUGUCCAAGAACUCAAGGUGGCAGUGUUUCAGGGUUUGUUCUGGCUGGCAAGGCCGCAGCUGCUCCUUGCCAGCGGUGCCCCUCUCGCACAGGGCUGGCCAUUCAGGGGACCCCUUGCCUCCAUGGUUCACCCGCAUGCCUUAAUCUUUCAGAGCAGGGGUACAGCCUAGGUGUUACUGGGCCAGCUGGUCCUCAUGUGUCCCAGAGUAGCUACUGGUCCUUGCAGAUUGGCCUUGCCGUUGCCCCACUCGGCUCCGGAGUGGGACUGAGGGAAUACCUGAGUGGCCAGAGUUAGGGAUAGUUAGCCAGAGGUGCUCUGCCCUUUUUUUUUUUUUUUGAAAGCCAAAGACCCAGCUUGAAUUCUCUGCUGCCAUGUUCAUGGUUAUAAAUAAGCUUUCUGUGCCUAGGUACUGGGGAAUCUGUGCAUGUAUACUUGUGAACUUUGUUUCCUGGGUACUGGGCAUGCGCCUGUCUGAGCCCCAGGCCCGCCUGUCCACACCCCCGCCAUCGUUCACUCUCUCUCCCAGGCUGUCUUCUCCUGAGAUGGUCUCAAGUCAGUGCCCUGUUGGCGUUCAGGACUGUGGACCAUCACUGUUCUGUCAGGAAAUGCAGUUUAAAGGGCCCAAGGUGGCAGAGGGCAGGAGUUUUAUAGGUGAUCUUUUCCUUGUUUUCUUAUUUGUUUCUGUUUUGGAAUUGAAGUGGGGAUUUUAAGUGGUCACUUAAGGUCUCUUUUCCAAUAAAGGUUUACCAUUUCCCCCCU